AUACAACAUUAUAUAUACUUGCUCUUUGUAUUGUUAAACUAUUAUACUAUUAAACAAUUAUUUGCUUAUUAUACUCGCUAGUAGAAAUAGCUAACAGAGUAAUUAGGCUCCAUGAAUUAUAGAUGUACGUAAAUGUUAUCUUUAUUUAGUUAUUUUUUUGAGUGAAAAAUGUCAUGUGUUAAAAUAAAUGUAUCUAAACAAUAUAUAAUUAUAUAAAUCUUUUCUUAAAAUUUUGUUAACAAAUAUUAAUUAUAAUUAUUAAUUAUAUAUCUAUCGCGAAUAUAAUGUAUUGAAAUACAUUUACGUUACUAGAUAAAAAAACGAUGAUAUUGUGAAUACUCUUAUAAAAUUAUAAACUAUGAAAAAUAAUUAUGAAUACUUAUAAAGUUUUAAACUAUAUGUUAAAUAAUAUUUACUAUUGAAAUAAUGUCUACAAUUUAUUAAUUUUUAAAACUCAAUAAAUUAUUAUUAUCGUCUCGAUUUGCGCGGAAGCAACAAAUUGCUACAGCAUCCACUUCUCUAAAACUUACAGUCUUCCUUCUGGUCAUCGCUACCUCGAGGGCGUACACGCUUCAAGAAUCAGUCUCAACUGAUUCGACCCCGGGUGGUAACAAUUGCUCGACCACCGACACCUUCCUCAUUUUUCGUUCCUCAAACGAGACACAGGAGAGCGGAAUGGACAUGAUGGCGACGAACGUGCUCCUUGACGAUACGAGGAACAACUCGAACAUAUCACAUCCGGGAACGUUGACCUCAUCCAGAGACUGGGAUGAGAAACCGAAACUGAAGUUCCCGAAAUUUGCCAUGGAGGAGCGUUACAAGAUGGCAAGUUUGCAUCUCGAUAAGGGAUGGUUCGUCUUCGAUUACUUCAGAGGCUUCCUGUCCUUUGUACAACCUUAUGACAUACCGAUCGAUUUACUGGCAGAUGCUGUGGAAAACCGCAUAAGCACCAUUAAAUUGAUUUCAGAGUCUUUGCAUGUGGAAGCAGCUUUUCUGGGCUUAGCAGCCGUGUGCUGCGUACUGGCCUGUAUAAUUCCUGGCACAGAACUUUGGCUCGCCUGUCGACCAAUCAGACAGGAUUAUAAACCUUCUCAGCAUCCCGGUGUUCUCGCAUUUCUCCUCGCCGUUUUCGCCUUUAUACUCGGGUCUUGCAUGGUGACAAUGAUAAUAUGCAACGAGGCGUUGGCGGCUGGGAUCGAGAAGUUGCCUAUAACGGUAGAGACGGCGUUACAGGAUUUAAAGGACUACCACACGGAUACUACGUUACAAAUACGAAAAUGCCUUACGAGAAGCUUGGACGUAGCUAGCGAAGCAAUUCUCGCGGAUCUAGACAAUGGCAGGGACGUAGAAAAAUUCUAUAUUGCCGUAGAGAUUCGGCGCGAGAUCAAUGCAGCACGUGCCAGGAUUGUCGAUCAAACGCGCAAUGUAGAGACGAAUAGUUUCGAACUCUCAAAGCAGCUGGAUUCUGUGAGAAGCAUUGCGGAUUACGCUAUUCCUCGUGUCAUCGCUUUCGAGCAUAUCAGGUGGAUCAUCGGUAUAGCUAGUGUUCUAUGUAUACUGCUGGUCUUUUCGCUACUGAUUGGGGCUUUGUGUUGUCGCUGGAGAUCAUCCAAAAAUAAAGUACGCCCAACCCUUUUAUGUGGUGUGGUUACGAGUUGUUUUGUCUCGAUUACACUUUGGAUAGUAUUCAUCGUCGCUCUGGGCAUCGCCAGCAAUACGGAAAUGUUGAUAUGUCGGCCACUCCAUGAUCCUAACUAUCGUAUUAUAGAAGCUAUGCUGGAAACCCGAGCGUUUUUAGGAAGAAGGCUUGCAGUACCCCUCAAGGAGCUCUUUGAUGUUCUAUGUAUACUGCUGGUCUUUUCGCUACUGAUUGGGGCUUUGUGUUGUCGCUGGAGAUCAUCCAAAAAUAAAGUACGCCCAACCCUUUUAUGUGGUGUGGUUACGAGUUGUUUUGUCUCGAUUACACUUUGGAUAGUAUUCAUCGUCGCUCUGGGCAUCGCCAGCAAUACGGAAAUGUUGAUAUGUCGGCCACUCCAUGAUCCUAACUAUCGUAUUAUAGAAGCUAUGCUGGAAACCCGAGCGUUUUUAGGAAGAAGGCUUGCAGUACCCCUCAAGGAGCUCUUUGAGUAUCCCUCAGGCUGUGAGGGACAAACGCAACGAGCAGAGCAUUGCACAAUGUGUGUUACAAUUUUCAGCAGUAUAUUCAUUUGCAGAAAAUGUCGAAACAACGAGGCAGCUUAUCCCGCCUUCGGGCUGGAAAAUAUGAUGAAACUAGAACAUUUGACUGCGCAUUGGACAUGGCUAGGCUUGUCUAGAGCAAUAUCGAAUGUCAAAAUCGAUUUGAAAGGUCUCCAAAUACUAACACCAAAUCUGCAUCAAAGCCUUCAGGAUUUCUUGUAUGCUUAUGGCUUGAACCUCACAGCGCACAGAAUAAUGAUUCAAGGGCCAAUUCUGAAUAAAGAUUUGACUACAAUCUCGGAUCAAUUAGACAAUAUAUCCCGUCAGCUGCAGGAUCGAAGUAUUGCCAGGGAACUGCAAAGCAUUGGGAUAACAAUGCGCGAUCUGAUAUUAAGACGAGUAAAGCCGCUAAUGAAAUUCCAAGACGAUUUGGUAUAUCGCCUUGCAAUUUUGGAAUUAAAAGUGCAACCUCUUUGGCGUCAAGUCAAUCAAUCGAUUUCCCAUCUGAAAACUAUACAAUAUUACAUAGAUCAUCAGGGAGAGAAGAUAGCUCAAUUGAAAACAAAGUCGUACGUAGACCGAAUGGCGAAUUAUCUAGAUCAAUGGCGGAUGUACGUUCUUUCGGAAAUGGGCACGGGAGUAUCUAAAUGUCGACCUUUGUGGGACAUUUUAGAAGGAACUAAACACUUAUUGUGUGGUCACAUCUUAAGUCCUUUCAACGGUUUCUGGUUCGCUAUAUUUGUAUGUGCAAUUGUCAUGAUUGGCAGCACACCAACAGCUCAUAUUUUAUCACUAUUAUACAAGAAACAAUAUCAUUUCACGGACGUUGUUAGCCUGCCAACAAGAUCGGUAAGUCUUGAUACGAAUGACGAUAGAAUAUGGCAAACGCCAGAUCCACCGCCGCUGCCGCAAAGCGAUUGGUAACAAUGAUGGAAAACGAGACUUCUUGUUGCAAGCAGAUUCAGAAAAAUAUUAAUAUGGCAUCAGAGUUGGCAAGAAUAUAACAAAGAGUAUGGCAAGAAAAUUGAAGAAGCUUAAAGUAUAGAUCGUACAAGUAAAUCUUGUUUGUGUUUGAUUUAUCGUAAGCAGAUUUCUUUACAUUAAAAGAAUCGACUGCCGUUUAUUUUGAUGAAAUAUAUUCAAUCUUAGAAUUGUGUGUCAUCUGUGUGAAACAUUAUUCAUAUGUCUGUUUGUUAAAAAAAAU